AUGCGGCCCCUCGGCGCUCCGCUCGCCCUGCUCUGCCAGGUGCUGGGUGCGUGGGCUGCCUGCGCCCUGGCCCCGGACCCCGUCGCAGCCUCUGGGCCGCCGGCGCCCCCGCAGCGCGCCCGCUCGCCGCCGGCCCCGCCGCCCCUCGCCCCCGGCCGGCGGGCGGCCGCGACGCUGCCCGGGCGCGGAGCCCUCCCUCCCGGCGGAGCGGCGGGGCCGGGCGGCAGCUGCGCGCCACGCGGGGCCCCGGGCACCGGGCGACGGCGGGCGCGGAGCAGCGAACCCGGGGCCGGGGCGGCGGCGGGGAGGGGCGGGGCGGGCGGGCCCCGCUGGCUGCCCCUGAACGGCUCGGCCGGCGGCGAGGGCAGCGCCGGGGGCCGCGGGAACGCCACGGGGCGCCGCGCCCGGCUCCGCAACCCCUUCUACCCGCUGACCGAGGAGUCGUACGGCGCCUACGCCGUCAUGUGCCUCUCCGUGGUGAUCUUCGGCAUCGGCAUCAUGGGCAACAUGGCAGUGAUGUGCAUCGUCUGCCACAACUACUACAUGCGGAGCAUCUCCAACUCCUUGCUGGCCAACCUGGCCUUCUGGGAUUUCCUCAUCGUCUUUUUCUGCCUGCCGCUGGUUAUCUUCCAGGAGCUCACCAAGAAGUGGCUUCUAGAAGACUUCUCUUGCAAAAUCGUCCCGUACAUUGAGGUGGCCUCUCUGGGCGUCACCACAUUCACACUGUGCGCUCUCUGCAUCGACCGCUUCCGAGCCGCCACCAACGUGCAGAUGUACUACGAGAUGAUCGAGAACUGCGCCUCCACCACGGCCAAGCUGGCCGUCAUCUGGGUGGGCGCGCUGCUGCUGGCCCUGCCCGAGGUGGUGCUGCGCCAGCUGGCCACCGAGGAGCCCGAGUACAGCGGCAGCCCCCCGGGCGAGCGCUGCGUGGUGAAGAUCUCCACGGCCCUGCCCGACACCAUCUACGUGCUGGCUCUCACCUACGACGGCGCGCGGCUCUGGUGGUACUUCGGCUGCUAUUUCUGUUUGCCUACCCUGUUCACCAUUACCUGCUCCCUGGUGACAGCGAGGAAAAUCAGGAGGGCAGAAAAAGCCUGCACGAGGGGGAACAAGCGACAGAUUCAACUGGAAAGUCAGAUGAACUGCACAGUGGUGGCUUUGACCAUUUUAUAUGGAUUUUGCAUCAUUCCUGAAAACAUUUGCAACAUUGUGACUGCCUACAUGUCCACAGGGGUCUCUCGACAGACUAUGGACCUCCUCCAUCUCAUUAGUCAGUUCCUUUUGUUCUUUAAGUCCUGUGUCACCCCAGUUCUCCUGUUCUGUCUCUGUAAACCUUUCAGCCGGGCCUUUAUGGAGUGUUGCUGUUGCUGCUGUGAUGAAUGCAUCCAGAAGUCUUCCACGGUGACGAGUGAUGACAAUGACAAUGAGUACACCACAGAACUGGAGCUCUCCCCAUUCAGUACCAUUCGUCGCGAAAUGUCGACUUUUGCUUCCGUGGGGACUCACUGUUAAUUGACCUUAGGGCUGUAUUUCCUGCAUCUUUUUCCUUUUUCUUUUUUUUUUACUUCAUAUUUUUCUUCUUGAAGCAAAAUGCAGGAAAAAAAAAAAUCACUGUUAAAAACUACUCUUGAAACCAAUCUGUAUUAACAGUCAUGCUUUGGAAAAUAAUUUCUUUGGUUAUUAAAAGGAAAGAGAGAGAAGGAGAGCCAGCACUCAGUUCUACAUCAUGAGAUUUUGUGUGGUGCUAGGAUUUUAUUGGUUGAGGAGGAGGAUCCAUAUCAAUCUGCUUUUAUUUAAUUCUGUAGUAUUUUUUUUGAUAAUCACUGUAAAAUGUUUAUAUAGACAUUGUGGGCUUUGCAAGGUGUUUUCACGUAAAAGAUGUGGUGGAAAGUAUUUGAAGGUAGUUUUAAUCAAAUUACUGUACACUAUUUUGAGAGGACUUGGGCUUCAGAGAAUUUAUAAAGUAGCAUAAAAAUAAAUGAGGUUUUAUUCUUUAACUUGAUUCAAUCUACAUUUAACAAAGACACCUAUGAGUAGUAUUAAAUUCCUUUAAUAAGUAAAAAAAAAACUUUGCAUAUCAUAAUUUAGGUGGCCAUAUUUAAUUAACAUUUGAGUACUUACACUUGAAGGAUAUAAUUAGAGUGUUUAAGGAAGAUGAUUAUAAUGGUAUUAGAUUUAUAGGAGUGGGUUUUUUAAUGUUAUAUUAUGAAGGUUCAAUGUGCCUCAUUGAAAAUUUUCUUCUUAACCUGCAGGUAUACAAAAUCUUGAGUUAUUUUGUAUUUCUUACAAAGAAACACUCACUUUAUGACUGAAUUUUGUCUCGUGUGAUUUCAAAAUCAAGAUUCUUUCCAGUAUACUAUUUGUUUUACAUUGAGUUUAUGUCCUCCAUCUCUGUAUAUAUGGCUCCUACUGGCUUCAGUGAGAGUCUCAUUGCAGAGAAAGGAAUUUUUUUGCCAGAGGUUUGCUGACAAUAAAUGUGAGGGACUGAAACAUGUGGAGAGUGAAUUCCUUCUAUUUUAAAAGGUAUAAACACACUUGGGGCUUGACCUAGAGCCCAUGGCAGUCAAUGGAGAGGUUUCCAUCAAUUUCAGAGAGCUUUGAAUCAGACUGGCUUCUCCUAUUUGUUCUGGGAUGUGUAGCAUGAAUAUUAAUCACAGGGGCUCUGUGUGCUGGUUCAGAACCAUGCUGCUCUCAGAGACUGCUAUUCACUAGCAGCUCACAGCCCUGAAGCUGGUUUGAGAGCCACUGUGUGUUUUGCUGAUGGCUUCUUGCUGUCCACAGAGUUGUUAAAAUGAGGAGGGUAUGUCAACACUGCCAGCAACAGAGUGAUACAGUAAAAUCCAAAGUUGUUAUAAGCAAGCCAGGCUGGAGACUGCAAAGUGCCUAUCCUUACCAGCAGAGCUUAUAUCCCCACUCUUGGCUGAAGCAGACAUUCUGUUCUUGGCAGGCAAGCCGGCUCAUAUUUACACUGGGCAGCAGGCUGAAGUGUAGACACUGGCUGAGGAACUGAAUUUUUUAUAGAUAGCUUGUAUUUUAAUACUAAUUAAAUAAAUAAUGCAGCUGUAUUGAGCAGAAGGAACAUUUCAUACACUCCUGCUUUGAAAUUAACACUGAAUAUAACUGAUGCAGUGUUAUCUCCCUUUUGACACCUGCCUCUAUAUAUGUUAAAGAGCUUGCUGUAACUUCUGGAAAGGACUCUAUUUUUGGUUUGUAGAUUCCAGACUUAAUGUGUCUAAUCUUGGUGAUAUUCUUGGGCAAGCAGUAUUUCUUAUUUUUCUUUACCAUUUUAACCUAUAAUAAUUUCAACUGAAAAAGAAACAGUUGAAAUUAAUGAAUAUGAAUCUAAACAUAUAUGCACAUGAGUUCUUCUUCUGACUUUUGAAUCAGAAACUGGGCCCUAGCAAGGCAGUCUGCUAUAACCACAGGCAUGGUUAAGUUCUGCUUAGAACUUGAGAAAUUACCCAAGUUUUUAAAGCCCUGUUUAACAUGCUCAAUCAUUUCUGAAGAUGGCAACUGUCCCUUCCUGAGAAAACCUUUCAUUGACUUGCCUUUGCUUGAUUACAUUUAAUAAAGUAUGAAAGGGAAUAAAGAGAAAAGAUGGAAACAAAAUUCUUGCUCACUUUGGUGCCUGUGUUUCCUCAAAUACAUAUUCCCCACUCUGCAUUUUGAUUUUUACUAUUCUUUUUAAAUGCAAUAUUUAUAAAGAAUGGGAAUAAGACUCCCUUUUUGUUCCUUGCUGAGAGACCUGUUUCCCUCAGCUGCCCUUUCUGUUACAACAGGGGCUCAAGGAUCUUGGAAAAUAACAGCAGAAUGGGAGGAAGCACUUUAAAAGAAACAAAUGAAAAAAACAGAGAAUUUACUUGGAAAUAUUACAUUAUCACAUUUUGCUAUUUUAGGUACAAGACUGAACCAGGACACGAAAUGUCCCCAUUGCUUUGGAUAGAAGGUGCUUCCACCUUUCCACCGUGCACUGGGUAUGUGUGAGCUCUGCUAAGGACUGUUGCUAGCUCACAGGUUACAUGUUCUGUGUCCCAGAGAGCUGCAGUUUGUUUCUGCAUUUAAACUUUUCCACAAUAGGUGUAUGAUAAUCCUGGAAAAAUCAACCAAAUGACCAAGCCAAUCAAAAAAAACAGCAAAACCAAACCAACCAAACCAACAAAAACCUCAACAGCAACAACAAACCCGUACCCAGCAAAAAAACUGACCCCCACGCAAAAUGAUGUAAGAAGUCAUUGGAGAAGAUAGGAUCUGAAGGUCAGUAAUGCUGUGUUUGUAAAUCCAUCUUCCUCCUUGUGUGCAGAGCAUUCUCCAACCAGUGGGGCUUCUUUGUACCCUGUAUAACCUUGCCUUUUCUGCUGCUGAAAGAGCAUUUUUCACAGCUAUUUCUCUGCCUUGCCAUGGAUAACUGUAGCAAUUUGACACCCUUUUAUUCUAAUUUGUUCUCUAAAUUGGUUAAACUAAUACCUCAUUAGCAAUUUGUAUUGUCACAGCCAUUCAAGUGUCAUGAUAAAUGAUUCCUUAUGUUAAAGAUGCAGUACUGCAUUGCAUUUCUUCCAUCCAACUUUUGGUGUUGGUGCUGUGAACUCUUGGAAUUUUUUUCUGUUUGCUUUUCUUACUUUCUUUAAUAUUCUUCAAUAUUAAAUAAUUAUUAUUAUUCUAAUAAUUAAUAAGCUGCUUAUGUCUGGUUUGAAUCCAGUUCUGUCAGACAUUUGUCCAUUAACAAGGGGGAAUUUAAUGACUGAAGAUUUGCUUAUUGCAAAGAUUUAAUUUUUUACCUAAACUAGAGAAAAUUGCAGAGCAUGGUGUUCAACAUAGAAGAUGAUGAAAUGGAAAAUCAGAUUGUAAGGUAGGAAAACCUUACACCUUUCAGAUAUGUAAGCCUUUAAUACAUUAGCACUAAUUGUCACAGCCCUGGUUCCAUUGAGAAAUUCCAAACCAUGAGACUAGUAAGUAUUUCAGUAUCUCCAAUGAAAACAUUUUAUGACUUGUAUCAAAAUAUAAUUUUGUAGGCCAAAGUACAAAUGGUAAAUUAUUGAGUAAUGUCUCUCAGAGGAGAUCUCUUAUUUUACCACUUCCAAGAGAAAUUCCUACAUUCAACCUUAAAUAAAUUCUGCGUUUAAAUGA